UCUCAAUUGAAGAGGCGAUUUAUAAAUACGGCGGGAAAUAUUUGAGCUGGAAAGAGCUCCUGGAAAUGAAGAAAACCAAUCAGACAAACUAACUCCCCACAGCCAAACUCAGGAAAGGAUGGGAAUGUGCAGUACAUAUUUUGUUCUUUGAAAGUUUUAGUUCUCUGUUGUGGAUUCGAAAUAGGGAAAUUAAAUCAUAAAUACAUAACAAGAAUGGACAGAGUGGAGUUAGGGAAGCAGUUUUUAAGUCAGUUUCAGAGUACUUUAUUCUCCAGUAAACUAGAGGAUGGUACUGCUACAGAAAAAGCAGAUUUAUUGAGGAGGACAAUGAUGGAGUUGAAAGUGGCAAAUAAUGUUAAUUUAGUAACAGAUGAGAGUAGUGGUCUUCUCUUGAAGAAAUAUGAGGAUUCAUAUGCAGCUAUUGUAGACUCCAUGGAAGAAAACAAUGGUUUGAAUAACUAUGCAGAAGGAGCAUUGGCAAUAUGUAGUCGUUUUAAAAAUGAAAGUCAUAAUUGGAAGUCAAGUCUCUCAAUGGACAAGAUAAAACAGAUGGAGUGUUUCAAAAAUAUAACAGAAAAGAAUAAGAAAAUAUCAGACAAACUUGUUCCUCCACAAAUGGUAAACAAAAUACUGUCAACCAAAUCAAAGGAAGCUCCUAUACAGGGAACCAGUAAUCCAACUUUUGCAACAGGGUUUUCAAAACCAGAUCAGCAGAAUUCAAAACCAGGACCUCAAUUCAGUCAGAAAAUUGACAGUCAAAGGGAGAGCAGUAAUUCAGGACAGAAAAAUGGAUGGAAUUUUCAGAAUAGAAAACCAUUAUUUUCUGGAUUUCAGCAGUCAUCUUGCUCUGAUAACAUUCAGCAAAAUUCUGCCAGACCAAGUUAUAGUGGGAGCUAUCAGAGAAAAAAUGAGAACUUUUCCAGUGGAGUAAAACGUCCACUAAACAAUGAAGAUCAAGAAGAUGAAGACAAGUCAAGAGAUAAUUCUGCACCAGGAGGUUUUAAUGUGUUCAAAACUGCCAAGGAACAAUUGGCUAUCGAUAAUCAGAAGAAGUUUAGUCGAGGGAAAGGAUCAGUUGGUUCAUAUGGUAAUGCUAAAAAAUCCCUAGGUAGUACUAGGAGAGGGUUAAACAGUAAGUUCAUUCCUCCAAUCCCUAACAGAGAAGAAGAGGAAGAUAGUGUAACUAUGAAUGCUGUUACUAAGUCAGUAUUUGGAGGAGGGAAACCUUCAGGAUCUAACAACACUGAGGAGCCUACUGAUGAGAGAUUAAAAGGAAUAGAACCUAAAAUGAUAGAACUGGUCAUGAACGAAAUAAUGGAUUAUGGGCCCCAGAUGACUUGGGAUGAUGUUGCUGGUCUAGAAUUUGCCAAAAAAACAAUUAAAGAAAUAGUAGUGUGGCCAAUGUUAAGACCGGAUAUUUUUACAGGUCUAAGAGGCCCACCUAAAGGUCUUCUGUUGUUUGGUCCUCCUGGAACAGGAAAAACUCUCAUAGGAAAAUGCAUAGCAAGUCAAUCUAAGUCUACCUUCUUCAGUAUUAGUGCUUCUUCACUGACCUCAAAAUGGGUAGGAGAAGGUGAGAAGAUGGUAAGAGCUUUGUUUGCAGUGGCCAGGGUACACCAACCAGCUGUAGUAUUUAUAGAUGAAAUAGAUUCUUUAUUAUCCCAAAGAUCUGAUGGAGAACAUGAAGCUUCAAGAAAAAUUAAAACAGAAUUCCUUGUUCAAUUGGAUGGUGCUGCAACUCUUUCAGAAGACAGAAUACUUGUAAUAGGUGCCACUAACAGACCCCAGGAGAUAGAUGAAGCGGCUAGACGUAGAUUUGUAAAACGUUUGUAUAUACCAUUACCAGAGAGUGCAGCUAGGAAACAGAUUGUGCUUAAUUUGUUGUCACAACAGAAGUAUCAUCUAUCUGAUCAGGAACUAGAUUUUAUCUGUCAGAAAACUGAUGGUUACUCAGGAGCUGACAUGGCUAAUCUAUGUAGAGAAGCAGCAUUAGGUCCAAUCAGAUCGAUGGAUUUUGGUGAAAUUGAAUCCAUAUCAGCUGAUCAGGUUAGACCAAUCGCUUUUGAGGAUUUUGAAGAUGCUUUACCACAAGUGAAAGCCAGUGUAUCUAACAAAGAUCUAGACUUGUAUAUAGAUUGGAACAAUUCAUAUGGAAGUGCUGGGUCUGUCAGAUGAUGCUCAAGUCUUUAUUAUUGUCAUCAAAAGUGUUGAAAACAGUAUAACAUAUGUUAAGU